AUGAAUGCGACCAACAGCUAUCUCGAUGUACAAAUAGUGCCACCUCAUCAAGCUGAUGUUGGUCGACAAGUAGCAGCGAUUUUUCGAUACAAUCCAACAUUGAUGAUACCAGCCUUUGGUUCUCAAACAUAUGAAAUUUAUCAGACGCCACCGUCUAAUGUCACUACUAGUUUAGUUUCAAGUGGCAUAUUGCGUAUCCCUUUGGCAUCAUCUUCACGAUUUGUUGUUGGAGAUGCUAUCGUGGCUCGAUAUGUUUUCACAACUCAUGUUAUAUAUGCAGAAAAUGUAACGAAUUUCACUGUGCAGUCAGUUACUAUCUAUACGUCUUGGUCUAUGGCUACCUAUACACUUCGAGCAUAUGGUAUAAAUAUGAUUGAUUAUCAUGUAAAACCAAUCAAUGGACGUUGGCUAAGCGCAGUACAAGAUUGUAUGCACUUUAGCGACAGUAGAUAUUACAUAAAUAUAAUCAAUAGUUCAUGUGAAGCAUCAGGUGAUGAUGGAUUGAAUGCACUAACAUAUUAUUUCAAUGUAACACAAGUAAUUAAUUCGACUGCAAUCAUUAUUACACAAUAUAACAAUUGGCCUAAUGUACUAAAUGUUGGCAUUGGUACUAAUCUAGAAUUCAGCACCAGUCAAAAACCGUUUACUGUCUAUGCAACAGUAACAUUGGCUUCAGCAUCCGUCUAUAAUUCGAACUCUCAAUUAUAUAUCUUUACUAGUCCAAUUAAUGCAAGUGUUGGAGAUUGGGUUUGUGUCGCUGAUAGACCAUCGUUAACCAUACGAAACUUCACUGUCGCAAAUAAUCGUGCACGUGGUGUUCUGCUAGAAACACGAAAUAUUCUUGUAACACAGUCGUUGUUUAAUCGAACAAGUGGACCAGCAGUGCUAUUUCAGCCAUCUUUAUAUUGGCACGAAGGUCCUGCCGCACGUAAUGUAACAUUGAGUCAAAAUGUUUAUAUGAACUGUAAUCAGGGGGGUAUUGCGCAAGAGAAAGGAGUAAUAUCAUUUUUACCUGAUCCAGUUCAAUUAGUACCAGUUAUAUCCAAUGUUCAAGUGAAAUCAUCAACAUUUCUAAAUGGACCAUACAGUCAGAAUAUGAUACAAUGUGCAAACGGUGGUGGUGUAUCAAUCAGUGAUAACUAUUUCUCUAUGAUGAAUAGUUCAAUGAGUAUUGUUCUAUUAUGUAACAGUCAAAAUAUAACUGCAUCUAAUAAUACUGUCAUUAACAAUCAAUCAACAAUUAAUCAGUAUUAUUCAUACGACAAUGCAAAUCCAUGCCAGAUGAAUUUAACAAGCCUAAUCAAUUUACCUAACUCGGCAUUUAAUUCAUCAUUUUCUCCACCUGUCAUGGCAACUGUUUAG